UUUGGCUAACAUUUUGAAUGAGAGGCUGUGGAUGGAAGAAACCGAAGUGGGGCUUGUCUUAUCCUUAUUCAGAGAAGAGUGGAGAGAAGGAGCCAAAGGAGAAGCAAUGGGCGAGAGAGGCCUUAAACUCGGAACCCAUAAUCCAUCUGAUAAGGAGAAGCAACAAAGUAGAAGAGCAUGGCGAGGCUAGUAGUGGUGCAGCAGAAACAGCCCUCCUUCUUUCCUCUCGCAUCUUCUCUCUCUGACUUCAAUGGCGUACGAUUGCACAACAACCUAAUUCAGCAGUAUAGAAGGAAGACAUGGCAGACAAAAGGAGCGUUGCAGGUGAAGGCAUCAAGUGCAAAGAAAAUCCUUAUAAUGGGAGGCACCAGAUUUAUUGGUAUAUUUUUAUCAAGACUCCUUGUCAAAGAAGGUCAUCAGGUGACCUUGUUUACCAGAGGGAAAGCACCCAUCGCCCAGCAACUUCCUGGGGAAUCAAACCAAGAUUUUGCUGAUUUCUCGUCUAAGAUCUUGCAUUUGAAAGGAGACAGGAAGAACUUUGAAUUUGUGAAGACCAGCCUCGCGGCUGAAGGCUUUGAUGUUGUCUAUGAUAUAAAUGGACGAGAGGCUGAUGAAGUAGAGCCAAUUAUAGACUCAUUGCCAAAGCUGGAGCAGUACAUAUAUUGCUCAUCAGCUGGUGUUUAUCUCAAGUCUGAUCUACUACCACACUUUGAGACUGAUGCAGUUGACCCAAAGAGCAGGCACAAAGGGAAGCUCGAGACCGAGAGCUUGUUAGAAGCGAAGGAUGUUAAUUGGACUUCUCUAAGGCCAGUCUAUAUUUAUGGCCCUUUGAACUACAACCCUGUUGAGGAGUGGUUUUUCCACCGACUGAAAGCAGGUCGCCCAAUUCCUAUUCCGAACUCUGGAGUUCAAAUAACCCAACUUGGUCAUGUUAAGGAUUUGGCUAGGGCCUUUGUUCAGGUUCUUGGCAACCAGAAAGCAAGUAAGCAAGUCUUCAACAUCUCUGGAGAAAAAUAUGUCACCUUCGAUGGAUUAGCAAGAGCAUGUGCUAAGGCUGCUGGAUUUCCUGAGCCAGAGAUUAUACAUUUCAAUCCAAAGGAGUUUGAUUUUGGUAAAAAGAAGGCGUUUCCCUUCCGUGAUCAGCACUUUUUUGCUUCCAUUGAAAAAGCCAAGAGCGAGCUAGGGUGGAAGCCUGAAUUUGACCUGGUUGAUGGUCUUGCUGAUUCCUACAACUUGGACUUUGGUCGGGGCACUUUUAGGAAAGCAGCAGACUUCUCAACGGAUGACAUUAUUCUCGGCAAGAACCUUGUUCUCCAGAGCUAGUUCCCUUUUUGUUAUACUCUCUUUUUUUUUCCCUUGCAAGUUUCUCAUAAAUUGGCAUAGAGUUUCUGGGAUUGCAUAUUUACAGAGAGAACACAUUUGCACAGAGAAAAUCAAAUUGGUAGUAGCUUUGCC